CCUAACCAAUUUUGCUAGAUUGUAAUUUGCCUUAUCACAAAGUCUUUUAACAAAGCCCAGUACGGGAACUGGAAGAGCAAAUCUAAGUUGGGAACAAAAUCAUAAACAAUUACAAAUCGGAUGCGCUCAGCCUGUUGUUCUUCAGGCUUCUAGGUGCGGACAGAUCCGAGGGGUUUGGAAUUGGAAACCCUUGUUUUCUCUGGUUUAGUUUUUAAAACAAUCGCAAAUCAGAAUCGCCGAGUCUGUUUUGUCCUUCAAAAUCCAAGACAGAUCCGAGGGGUUUCGACUGUUACUUUCAAAAGCCUUCAAUUCUCUCACUAACAGAAAGGUACAAUCUUAAUAUAGGAGCUAUCUGAAGUGCUGUAUAAUCAAUAGAGAAAAUGCCUUCUCAAAAGAUUGAGACAGGUCAUCAGGACACGGUUCAUGAUGUGGCAAUGGAUUACUAUGGUAAGCGCCUCGCAACUGCAUCAUCUGACCACUCAAUCAAGAUUAUUGGAGUUAGCAACAAUACAUCCCAGCAGCUUGCUCAGCUGACUGGCCAUCAAGGCCCUGUUUGGCAAGUAGCCUGGGCUCACCCAAAAUUUGGGUCCUUACUUGCUUCAUGUUCGUAUGAUGGGCGUGUCAUAAUAUGGAAGGAGGGUAAUCAGAAUGAGUGGACUCAAGCUCAUGUCUUUGACGACCACAAAUCAUCUGUCAACUCUAUUGCUUGGGCACCUCAUGAGGUUGGUCUUUCUUUGGCUUGUGGCUCUUCUGAUGGAAAUAUAUCAGUUUUUACUGCGCGAGCAGAUGGUGGUUGGGACACAUCCAGAAUUGAUCAAGCUCACCCAGUUGGUGUAACUUCAGUUUCUUGGGCCCCAUCAACUGCACCUGGUGCUCUUGUUGGUUCUGGUUUGCUUGACCCUGUUCAGAAGCUUUGCUCAGGUGGUUGUGACAAUACUGUGAAAGUGUGGAAGCUCUACAAUGGAACUUGGAAGAUGGACUGUUUUCCAGCUCUUCAAAUGCAUACUGAUUGGGUAAGAGAUGUGGCGUGGGCUCCUAACCUGGGCCUUCCAAAAUCAACUAUUGCUAGUGCUUCUCAGGAUGGGAAGGUUAUCAUAUGGACCGUCGGAAAAGAAGGGGAUCAAUGGGAGGGUAAGAUCUUGCAUGAUUUCAGGACUCCUGUUUGGAGAGUCUCAUGGUCACUCACUGGAAACAUUCUGGCUGUUGCUGAUGGAAAUAACAAUGUGACUCUAUGGAAAGAAGCUGUUGAUGGGGAAUGGCAACAAGUGACUACAGUUGAUACCUAGAGCGCCAGUCUACUCUAAUCCGUUUUGGUCCGUUGGAUUAUAUGAUGACAGCCUUUUCCCCCUUGUUGUUCUUCCACCGCUCAAGUGUUUUUGUUGGAUAUUUGAAUCUUCAUGUUUUGGACAUUAGCUUCUUGUAAAACCUUCGUUUGACAGAUAGGAUAGUUCAUGUAGUUGAUAGAUUGUCGCUGUCAUUAUUUAUCUUUCUCGUGUGAGAUUCCUUAUGAUCCUUUUUUUUUUCUUCACAAAUUCUGCUGGAUGAUUUUGACUGUA